CCAAACUGUGGCUGGAACGAAGAAAAAUAAGCCAAAAAAUACCGCAACAAAUUGAAAAAUUAAAGUUUACCAAAGCAACGCAAGCAAAACUUGUCCAAGAAAAAGUGUUGCAAGCAACCAAAAGAGGAGCAGAGGGAAAGAGUGAGAGAGAGAGAGAGAAGAGGGGCGAGCAGAGAGGAGGGGAAAAAGUAGUGGCAACACAUUAAUGCAACAAAAUGGGUGCAACUUUGCAUAGACGACGACGCUGUGGCCCCUGCCUGCAACUGAGCGACGGCUGCUGCUGUUGCUGCACCACUUGCCACACGGCAUCCUUAUGCAGCCUGCUGCUGACAACACUGGCAACUCUGGCAAUCCUACUGCCCAGCACUGUGGAUUGCCUGACAAUGACUGAGAUACGCAUACCAAAGCAUAUUAUGCGGCACGAGGAUGCCGUCUUGGGCUGCAAGUACGAUCUGGAUGGCGAGUCCUUGUACUCGGUUAAGUGGUACAAGGAUGGCUUCGAGUUCUAUCGCUAUGUGCCACGUGACAUGCCACCCGGACAGGUCUUUCCGCUGCCCGGUGUCGAUGUUGAGUUGCAAAAUUCAACGGACAUUGCCGUUGUCCUGCGCUCGGUCAGCCUGCAGUCGACGGGGCGCUAUCGGUGCGAAGUGUCCGGCGAGGCGCCUUCGUUCCAGACAGUUUCCGGUCACGAGGACAUGAUUGUUGUGGUAACGCCGAAGCAUGGACCACAAAUCACUGGCGGUCAGCCUCGCUAUCAAAUUGGCGAUGUGGUUCGCGUCAAUUGCACAUCGGCGCCAUCGAAGCCCGUUUGCCAUCUCAGCUGGCUGAUUAACGGUUUGCAUGCGAACCGCUCCCUGCUCCGCCCCUACGAGCCGCUCGUCGUUGGCCGUGAGGGACUCGAAGUGGCCCGACUGGGUCUGGAGUUUCGGGUGCGCGGAUGACAUUUCAAGCACGGCGACAUGAAGCUGAAGUGUGUCGCGAAAAUCUCGUCGGUGUAUUGGCAGAGCAACGAGGAGAGUGUGGAGAGUGAUAAACAUCAGCGCAUACCCGUCUUGGAGUCCAGGGAGACGGUGCGAACGAAUCAGGACAAAUCACUGGAAGACAAGCAGCUGAAGAAGAGUCGUCGUCCUGCGGCCGCAACAUCUGCAGCCGCCGCCGCCGCUGCGGCAGCAGCAGCAGCAUCCUCCAGCUUUAGUUUGUCCGCAUCCAUGGGCUGGUCGAGGAUAUUAGGCCACAAAUCCAUUGCACGCAUUUCGCUGUACGCGUUGCCCGUCUUAAUAGCAUUUCUGUGUAAUGUUGCCAGCGCCUCUUUGGGUGUUAAGCCAGUCACGCCCACCACAACAACGAUGGCCACAAGCAGGAGCAGCAGCUGCUGCCAACAUGACCACUGCCAGUUGGCCCAAUUAGCCGCCAGAUAACAAUUAACGAAGAUAUAUGGCGACUGCUCGGUGACAUCCCACAAACUUAGGGGUUCCGUGUAAAUAUUUCUUCGACUUGCAUAGAAAAUAAAAAACCCACAUUACGUAUACGCCGCAUAUGCCGUGCGCAAAUUAAUCAACUGAAGCAGUAGCUGCGCUUAGCCAUUGUACAUAAGGUAUAAACAUAUAUAUGUAUUCCAUAUUUCAGACAAAGUUUAUUAGUGGGGUAAAGGGUGUAGAGUUCUUGCCUGUUUCCACUAUGAACCACAUUUCCCACAUUAAUUAUUAUAUUAUUUCUAUUUCUCUUUGCGAAAUCAAUAAGAAAAAGUUACUUAAAAUAUAAGACAGACUAUGAACACCCAAAUGAAUAACAAAGAAAUUGAAAAAUUAAAAAAAUCGAUUUCAUUUCUAUGUUGCCUUCGGCAUUAAACUAUUCGCAAUUAUUAAACAUAUAUAAAGUCAAUUAAAGUAUAAUUA